CUAAAUUUUAGAAUUUGUCACAGGAAAGCUUCUGCUUUCUAAGGUGGUCCGUCCGUCUUUUCCGACAUCUAUUUAUACACCGCCCUUACUUUCUCUUUCCUCCCUUUUCUCUCCGGUGAAUUUCGAUUUUUAGGGUUAGGGUUUGAUGAUCGAAUUCUGAGCAAAACUUCGAUUUUUCUCAGAGAUCAUCAAACCUUUCAUAUAUUCAAUUCAAUCCACUACAAUGUAUGCAUUGAAGGAGAAAGUGAGCGAGAAAUUAUCCCGUCUUUUAGCUGAUUCUCCGUCUCCACCGUCCCCUGAAUUACAGGAAUCUCCCCAGGCCAAUUCACACUCCAAGGGAGCAAAGGCUUUGUCAUCGUUAUUUACUUACAUCCAUCCUUCAACUGCCAAACAAAAGACUCGGGGUGAUCUGAAAUCAUUGCAAUCUUCUCCUACCAGAUGGAGAAGUAAUAGUUUCUCUUGGAAAAUUCAAAACAUGGAUUGUCAGCCAGAAGGCAUUCCAAAAAAUGAAUGUAGAGAAUCAACUCUUUCUCAUGGUGAGCUUGAGAGCCCUGUUUCUGGCAGAAGUGUUUCUGCACCAGAAUUCUUUGAGGAUGCAUUUGAGCCUCCAAGCCCUUGGAAACUUAUGCCCAAUCUGACAGAUGAUUCUUCGUUUAUUAAUGUGGAAUUAUACGAGUUUCUUCAGGCAUCCCUUCCUAACAUCGUGAAAGGUUGUCAAUGGGGAUUGCUUUACAGUACUUUAAAACAUGGUACAUCACUUCGUACUCUUAUACGGAAAAGUGCCGAUCUUUCAAGUCCUGGUCUAUUGAUUGUUGGAGAUAGAAAAGGUGCUGUAUUUGGUGGGCUCCUUGACUGUCCUCUUAAACCAUGUCCAAGGAGAAAAUAUCAAGGAACAAACCAGACUUUUGUUUUUACCACUAAAUAUGGUGAACCAAGGCUGUUUAGAGCAACAGGCGCCAACCGAUACUUCUAUUUGUGCUUGAAUGACUUUCUAGCAUUCGGUGGGGGAGGCAACUUUGCUUUGUCACUGGAUGAAGAUUUGUUGGCUGGAAGUAGUGGGCCAUGCCAGACUUUCGGGAACACAUGCUUGGCUCACGAUCCAGAAUUUGAAUUGAAAAAUGUUGAGCUCUGGGGUUUCACCCAUUCAUCUCGGUACCUUACUUGAUAUGCAAGUGAUGGUGUAGCGGAUAAUCUACGACUUCAGCUCAUUAUUUGUUGUGGAAGAUCAUCAUUGUAUUUCAUUGGUCAUCUUUAAUAGGCUAAAUUAUGUAUUUAUUCUUUUGGGUGUACAUAUUGUACAACAGUAUAUGCUUUUGCUACUUUCAAACCCCAUGUAAUUUUAGGGUGGCAAUGAGAUAGUAUUCGACAGAUUAGAACAAAGACAUUGAUUGUACCUCAAAUUCCUCACAAAUACCAGUAAAGCCUGUAUCAAAGUUUAUGCCUAUGAAUAAUUUUGUUCA